AUUCAGCCUCACAAGAAAAGAAUUAUUGCAACAUUAAUUUAAGUGUUCAUGGCACUUAUAAAACCCUUCCAAAUCUGCACAAAUCACAUGCACAAAAGCCUCAAAAUUUUCUUGAUAUUCCUUUGAUCUUGUUAUAUAUAAUCAGUCCGAUUUGGGAUAGGAGGAUGGGCGUUAGAUCGGUUGCAGGGCUUCUUCUUUUUCUCAAUUUUUGCAUGUAUACUAUAGUGUUGGGGAUUGGUAGCUGGGCCAUCAAUAGAGCUAUUGAUCAUGGCUUCAUCAUUGGUCCUGGAUUGGAGCUCCCGGCACAUUUCUCACCGAUCUUCUUCCCGAUGGGGAACGCAGCGACUGGCUUCUUUGUGACGUUCGCCAUGCUUGCUGGCGUGGUGGGCGUUGCUGCUGCUAUCUCAGGCCUCAACCACCUCCGCCACUGGGAUGCUGGUAGCCUGUCUGCCGCGGCCACUGCCGCCACCAUUUCCUGGACCAUUACAUGCCUUGCCAUGGGGUUUGGAUGCAAAGAGAUUGAGCUGCACAUCAGAAACUCACGUUUGAGAACAAUGGAGGCUUUCAUGAUUAUUUUGUCUGCUACUCAGCUCUUAUACAUAGCUGCAAUUCAUGGAGCUCCUUCAACCUCAAGAAUUUGACCCUAAUCAUUUCUGUUUAUGACUCUGAGUCAAUCGUAUAAUUUCAUUUUCUAAGAUGCAAAUCAUUUUAUCAGCUUUUUUGGGCUAUUCAUCUUGUUUUAAGGUUUGUAAGCAAUCUUGUUUGUGAAUGGAUAAAAAUCCAACUUUGUAAAACAAAAUAUAACAAGAUUGAACAUUAGAUGUAUAUUUAUCUUCAUUCGAUUUAUUAACACUAAUGCUACUAUUUCUUA